AUGAGCAGGAAGUUGAGGAGUGCGGUGUGGAACUAUCGCCGCCUCAUCCUCGUCCUCCUCACGCCGCCGCUGCUGCUUCCUCUUCCUCUCCUGCUCGGCUCCAAGGAGGCCCAAUGUGCCUUCGUGCUUCUGCUGAUGACCAUCUUCUGGAUCACUGAGUGUGUCCCCCUCGCCAUCACCGCCAUGUUGCCCGCCAUCUUCUUCCCCGCCUUUGGCAUCAUGCACUCCUCCGCCGUGGCGAUGGCCUACUUCAAGGACUUCCACUUCCUGUUGGUGGGCGUCAUCUGCCUGGCCACGUCCAUCGAGAAGUGGGGUCUCCACAGGAGGAUCGCCCUGAGGCUGGUCACGGCUGUGGGGGUCAACCCGGCCUGGUUGAUGCUGGGCUUCAUGUGCGGCUGCGGCUUCCUCUCCAUGUGGGUCCAUAACACCUCCGCCGUUACCAUGGUGAUGCCCGUCGUGGAAGCCGUCCUGCAGCAGAUCCUGAGGGUCGGCGAGGGAGCGGGCGGGGACGACGACCGCGGUCUGCAACUGGAGGAGGUCCGCGUUGAGCAGGUGAAAGGAGGUGUGAGGGAUGAACAGAAGGUUUUAGAGGAAGAAUCAUCAUCAUCAUCAUCAUCAUCAUCAUCAUCAUCAUCAUCAUCAUCAUCAUCAUCUCCAGACAUAACUCAGGUCAUGAUUUGCAAGGCCAUGUGCAUCGGCGUGGCCUACGCCUCCAACAUCGGCGGCAUCGCCACCUUGCCGGGAACGUCGCCCAACCUCAUCUUCUCCGAGUAUCUUCAUCAGACUUACCCAGAAUGCAACUGCGUCCACUUCGGGAACUGGCUGCUGCUGUGUCUGCCCGUCAGCCUGCUCAUGAUGCUGCUCACGUGGGCGUGGCUCUGCUGGCUGUUCAUUGGCUCCGACGUGCGGUCGCUAUGGCGACGCGGAGGCGAGCGCUCGGAGAGAGAAAAGGCGACGAGUAAAGUCAUCGAAGACGAGUACCGAGCACUCGGACCUAUGAGCUACCAGGAGGCGUUCACUGUGGUGGUCUUUGUGCUGAUGGUCCUGCUGUGGUUGACCAGAUCUCCAGGCUUCAUUCCAGGCUGGUCUUCUUUCUUCUCUCAUCAUUCCGACUACGUCACCGACGCCACCGUGGCGCUUCUCCUCGGACUCGUCUUCUUCCUGGUGCCGGCCUACGGACCCUCGCGCAGCUAUGAGACCAUGAUCUCCUGGGAGGACUUCCAGGCCUCCAUGCCUUGGAAAGUGGCCCUGCUGGUGGGAGGAGGCUUCGCUCUGGCUGAGGGUACGAAGGAGUCAGGAUUGUCUCGAUGGGUCGCCGAGCUGCUCUCGCCGCUGGGCAGCCUCCCCGUGUUGGCAACCGUCGCCGUGGCUUGCAUCAUCGUCACCACAGUAACGGAGCUGGCCAGCAACGCCACCACUAUCACUAUCUUCCUCCCCAUCCUCUCGCCUCUGGCUGAAGCCAUCCAGGUCAACCCUCUAUACGUGCUCAUCCCGGCCACGCUGUGCACGUCUUUCUCCUUCCUGCUGCCCGUGUCUAAUCCGCCCAACGCCGUGGUCUUCGCCUACGGACACCUGGACGUGAUGGACAUGGUAAAGGCGGGGCUCGGCACCAACGUGAUCGGCCUCCUCGCCGUCCUAUUGGCUGUGACCACGUGGGGCGUUCCUCUCUUCUCCCUGGACACCUACCCCGACUGGGCGCCGCCUCGCAACGCCACGACACCGUGA